AGUGACAGUACAGUAGAGCAAUUUGAGCCGCCGAAUCGAGCUAACCGCUUACCGCUUGCCGGACAAACGCGUUCCGUUUUCCCUCCGCUUCCAUUCGAUUUUGGCCACUGUCGUCGUCGGUUGUCCAGAUGUCCGCGUGAGGACAGUAGAACCUUUACCAAUUCUGGGGGGGUCAUAGUAACGUAAACCUUUAACGUAGUCCUUUGGGCCGAACCGAUCCAAACCAUCCAUACGUCCAUCCAUUUACCGGGGUCUUUUUUGGGGAUCGUUUUUUACGUUUUUUAUCGGAGUGUCGCGCUGUCGCUUUUUCGGUUUCUGCGCGAUUUUCCCCACAUUCCGUGUGCUGUGCUGUGCGAGGUGUUCUUGGAAUUAAGAAAUAGUUUAUAACGAAACGUUGGCAAAAAUCCACUGAAUGAGCAAGAAAGUUAUAUAAGGCCCGAACCGGAUUUAUAUAUUAAUUAUACAUACAAAUGUGACCAAAACAAAAACAGACUGACAACAAAACUCGGCUUUGGGAUAUACCUAAAACAACAACUCAACUACUAACCGAUCCCGAUUGUAUAAAUGAUUGCCCCGUCAAUUUAAUUUGAUCAAAAACCAUAACUCAAAUUCAAUGAACAAAUAAAUUUGCGCAGUCCAACAAGCCAAUAAACGGAUCAAUAAACCGAAAUACAAUUCCGCCCGGAGACCCACGGCCAUCUGGCAACGCUGUUAGUGGCAGCUUGUAACGGUUAUUCACAACAAUUUACUCACGCCCCGAUCGAGUGUAAAAGCGCGGAGGCAUGGGAAACUCCUCGUCACACACACACGAACCACUCGAGCGCGGCUUCACACGCGGAAAAUUCGGUGACGUUAAAAAUGGGAAAUCCGCCUCCUUCCGGUUUAGCAAGAAAUCGCCGAAGAAAAUGGAUCGUCUGCGUCGCUCCUUUCGCGACUCCUUCAGGCGUCGCAAGGAUCGCGUUCCCGAGUCCUCGAAGCCGCAUCAGUGGCAAGCGGAUGAGGAGGCCGUGAGAUCGGCCACCUGCUCCUUCUCCGUAAAGUAUCUGGGAUGUGUCGAGGUCUUCGAGUCGCGCGGCAUGCAGGUCUGCGAGGAGGCCCUAAAGGUCCUGAGGCAAUCCCGACGUCGCCCUGUCCGCGGAUUACUUCAUGUCAGUGGAGAUGGCCUGCGAGUGGUGGACGACGAGACCAAGGGCCUGAUAGUGGACCAGACCAUCGAGAAGGUCAGCUUCUGUGCACCGGAUCGCAACCACGAGCGUGGCUUCAGCUACAUCUGCCGCGAUGGAACCACUCGGCGCUGGAUGUGUCACGGCUUUUUGGCGUGCAAGGAUUCCGGCGAGCGAUUGUCCCAUGCGGUUGGCUGCGCCUUCGCCGUUUGUCUGGAGCGGAAGCAGCGACGCGACAAGGAGUGCGGCGUGACGAUGACCUUCGACACGAAGAACUCGACCUUCACGCGGACCGGAUCCUUCCGCCAGCAGACGCUGACGGAGCGCCUGGCCAUGGCCACGGUGGGCACGAACGAACGAUGCGUGGAUGGGCCGGGAUCAGCAAUGCCAGGUCCUCCGGCGGCCACCGUCAAGCCUUACAAUCCCUUCGCCAUCGAACGGCCCCAUGCCACGCCCAACAUGUUGGAGCGGCAGAGCUCGUUCCGUUUGAGCACGAUUGGCAGCCAGUCGCCGUUCAAGCGCCAGAUGUCAUUGCGCGUCAACGAUCUUCCGUCCAACGCCGAUCGUCAGAGGGCUUUCCUGGCCGCCGCCGCCGGGAAUCCUCUGCAGACACCGCUGCGAAGUGUUUCGCCCAUUGCCGAGGUUUCGCCGGCCAAGUCUGCUGGAGCGGAUCAGUCGUCGGCCGCCUCCGCGGCCGCCGAUUCCGUGAGCCAGCUGUGCCAGGAGCUCAGCCAGGGUCUCUCCCUGUUGACCCAGACAGACGCUCUGUUGGCCGCCGGCGAGGAUCUGAACUUCAACAACAAUCGCAGCAUUAACCAGAACAUUAUUGCCGCCGAGAAGCAGGUUCAGCAUGUAAUCUCGUACAGCGCCACGCCCACGGCGCAGGUGACGCCCCGGGUGGCCAGCACCACGCCCACUUAUCAGACGCUCCACUCGCAGUCACCCACGCGGUCGGAGCAGAGCAUCGAAACCUCAACAGAGCUGCCAAAUGCCGAGCAGUGGUUGGGUCAUGUGGUGCGCAGUACCUCACCUGCCGCACCGAAGCGGCCCACUUACCUGGCCAAUGUUGGCCGAGCUCAAACGCUGGCCAGUGGAUCGGGAUCUGUGGCUGGAGGCGCAGGAGCAGGAGGAGGGGGACCCGAUGACCCAUUCGAUGCCGAGUGGGUGGCCAAUGUGGCGGCGGCCAAGCAACUGUCGCCGGAUUUGCCGGUUUCCAGCACAUCGCGCUCGCCGCUGGCCAGGCACAGCACCAAUCCUUUCAUCUCACCGCCCAAGGCGCCGGCGCAGACAUUCCAGGUGCAGCUCUAGGCAGCAAAUCCGGGGUCACCAGGGGGACAAAGUGUGGUUCGCUUGAAAAAAACGUAACUUAGUUUAAAGUUCAGGGGCAGGAUCAGGCCAAACACAGAAGGUGGAACAAAGAUGGAUGGAUGGCUGGAUGGGAUGGAUAGAGAUACUUAACGCAAACAUAAAUAAUUAUGCAUAUAGAAAACCUAAAAUACAGUUACUUACACGAAAAACGCAUCAAGUACAGUAAACAAAUCCAUUAAUGGCGCUUAGCACUAGGCCAAAACGUAAACUGCUUCAAGUAAAAGACAUCAUUAGAUCGUAAGAGAUCUUAUACCGAAUAUCAGUCUUACAGGGGAUCUUAACUAGGAAAUUACUUUUUAACUUAAUACUUUCAUGAAACUUGAAUAUUUCAAACAUUUUCUUCAAAUAAAAUGGACGUUUUUAAUGACUAGACUGAUACAGGUUAAGAUCCCUUAGUCACCCAACAAUUGACCAAGCUACCAAGUUACCCACGAAAGUCCACCAUUAAGCAAACAACAAACGAAAACCAAUGGCACCCUUUUAUCUUGAAUGCUAAAACUGUAUUAUACUUUGGUAAUGCCCUUCCACUACUUGUUGAUUGAUCCCAUUAAGAAUAAUGAUAAAUGAUAAUGAUAUACAGAUUUAUGUGUGUUGAUAUGUAGGAAACUCUAUGUCUUAGGGCCAAUUAUUAUUUUGUCAAUGUCAGUGUUCGGUACACCGUUUUACAUAAAAUCUUUUAUUAUUUAAUUUAAUUUUUAACUGUGUACAAAAUGUAUUAUACUUAAAUUAUAAAUAUAAUUUAAAAACAAACAACAAAAAAAUUAAACAAAAAACAUGAAGUUAAAUAAACUUAUAAAUCGAGCAGCUAAAUACAAUGCAACUAAUGAAAAACGAUAUAGAAAUAUUGAAAUAAUUAAAGUUAUAUAUAAACCUAUUACAUAUAUUGUAAAAGACAGAGCCCAAUUCGGCAGAGAAGAGAAAUACAUUCGAUUUGUGUGCUUAUGUGA